AUUAUUUUCAUUGCAGUGCGCACUCUAUGGUAUACAAGUGUACAUUAGCAGUUUUUUCUUGCCCAUUGUCUUCAAAACCAUCACCCUGAUGAUAACAAGCAACUCUAUAUAAACUGCCAUCUUCAAAACCCAUAACCCAAAUCAUUUUUUACUACAAAUCACCACAAAAGAAAUUGAAAAAGAUUCAGAAAUGGAGGGUAGCAACGUAAUUGGCUCGAGAGAUCAUUCAGCUUCAGUUCCAGCAAGCUCACCUUGUGGAGUUGGAACACUGGGUCGACACUUAGCUCGGCGUCUAGUACAAAUCGGCGUAAACGACGUGUUUUCAGUUCCUGGUGACUUCAACUUGACUUUAUUGGAUCAUUUAAUAGCCGAGCCGGAGCUGAAUUUGAUCGGCUGUUGUAACGAGCUGAAUGCUGGCUACGCAGCUGAUGGGUACGCACGUGUGAAAGGGGUGGGAGCGUGUGUGGUGACGUUUACUGUGGGAGGAUUAAGUGUGCUUAAUGCUAUUGCUGGUGCAUACAGUGAGAAUUUGCCUGUUAUUUGUAUUGUUGGUGGGCCUAAUUCCAAUGAUUAUGGGACUAACAGAAUUUUGCAUCAUACUAUUGGCUUGCCUGAUUUUAGCCAGGAACUUAGGUGUUUCCAAACUGUCACUUGUACUCAGGCAGUGGUGAAUAACUUGGAUGAUGCACAUGAAUUGAUUGAUACUGCGAUUUCAACUGCUUUGAAGGAGAGCAAGCCAGCUUACAUUAGCAUAGGCUGCAAUUUGCCUGGAAUUCCUCACCCCACAUUUGCUAGAGAUCCUGUUCCAUUCUUUCUUGCUCCAAAGGUCAGCAAUCAACUAGGAUUAGAAGCAGCAGUUGAAGCAGCAGCAGAGUUCUUGAACAAGUCUGUAAAACCAGUUAUUGUGGGAGGUCCCAAAGUAAGAGUGGCAAAAGCAGAGAAGGCCUUUGUGGAACUUGCUGAUGCUUGUGGCUAUCCGUUCGCAGUAAUGCCAUCUGGCAAGGGACUGGUCCCAGAGCACCACCCUAAUUUCAUUGGUACUUACUGGGGAGCAGUGAGCUCUAGUUUCUGUGGGGAGAUUGUUGAAUCUGCGGAUGCUUAUGUCUUUGUUGGCCCCAUCUUCAAUGACUACAGCUCUGUUGGAUACUCUUUGCUCAUUAAAAAGGAGAAGUUGAUUGUUGUUGAACCUAAUCGCGUGACUAUUGGAAAUGGCCCCUCCUUCGGUUGGGUUUUCAUGACUGAUUUCUUGAGUGCUUUGGCGAAAAAGCUUAAGAGGAAUACCACUGCUUUGGAGAAUCAUCAUCGGAUUUAUAUCCCUCCAGGUGUUGCCUUAAAACGAGAGCAUGAUGAGCCUCUUCGAGUCAAUAUACUCUUCAAGUACAUUCAGGAAAUGCUGAGUGGCAACACUGCAGUGAUUGCAGAGACAGGGGACUCGUGGUUUAAUUGUCUGAAGCUUCAUCUUCCUGAAAAUUGCGGGUUUGAAUUCCAAAUGCAGUAUGGAUCCAUUGGCUGGUCAGUAGGUGCCACUCUCGGUUAUGCUCAGGCUGCUAAAGAUAAACGCAUCAUUGCCUGCAUCGGUGAUGGUAGCUUCCAGGUUACUGCUCAAGAUAUUUCGACCAUGAUAAGAUGUGCACAAAAGAACAUUAUAUUUCUCAUCAACAACGGUGGUUAUACCAUUGAAGUCGAGAUUCAUGAUGGGCCAUACAAUGUGAUCAAGAAUUGGGACUACACUGGUAUCGUGAGUGCUAUCCACAAUGGUGAAGGCAAAUGCUGGACUGCAAAGGUAAAGACGGAAGAGGACCUUAUUGAGGCAAUAUCAACAGCAACAACCACACACAAGGACUCCUUGUGUUUCAUAGAAGUCUUUGUGCACAAGGAUGAUACUAGCAAAGAGCUUCUCGAAUGGGGAUCGCGUGUUGCUGCAGCUAAUAGCCGUCCUCCUAAUCCUCAGUAGCAACUUACUGCUGUCCAAAAUAAAAUACCAGAUGAAUAACAUGGAUUCCAGUCAGCAGGUAGUCCAGGAAAAGGCUUAUUGAAUGUUUUCCCUUAGUUAUGUCCUGUUUUUGUAUUUUCUGACUUAGGAUUGUCAUCGUCCAUAAAAUGUACCACAUGUCGUUUCCUGGUUGUACAAAAUAAGCAAAACCAGCCUUUUAACUUCUCAA